UAAUAUUAGAUUAAUAUUAUAAAAAAAAAUUAGAUAGAUAUUACUAUAAGAAUUAAGAAGUAUAAAUCGUAGCUUAAAGAAUACUGGUAGAAAAUAGAAAUGUCAAAUAGUACUAAUAGUUCAAAUUUGAUUUAAUUCUAUGUUCAAUUCCUACUUAGUACUUACUACUUUUCUAGAUUGUGAGAUGGUCAUGUAGAUAUUAGAUGACUCUUAUUGACAUUUUAACUUAAAAUAUUUGAAAUCGAAUACAUCAUGUCCAACAAUCCUCUAAUCUAUGGAGUUGAAUUUCAGGCCAGAUCGUUGUGUUCUCUGCUCGCUGAUAACGAUCAAGACUGUUUUUUAAUUGGAACUCAGUCAUUGGUCACAUCGAAUAAUCAAGUACAUCUCGUUAAACUACAAGAAGAGACCAAUACACUUUGUCCUCAAAUAUAUGAGCAUAGCUGUGGUGAAAUAUGGUCAUUAGCGUCUUCUCCAACAGACAAACACUUGAUAUCUACUUGUUAUGCUAGUAUAGAACGUGAUUGUGAGAAAUGUACAGCUUUAUGGCGACUGCCAAAGGACGAUGGUCAUUUAGAAAAUGUCAUCACUUUUCCUUCAGAAAAGUAUGGUACUGAUGUUAAGGUGACCACGUUUCAUCCUACAAAUGACGCAUACAUGUGUUCUGUUAUCGAUAAUAAUAUAGUGAUGUGGGAUGUGGGUGAAAGUGGAGUAAAAAUUGUAUGUACUGCAGUAUUGGAUGGUAAAGGUCAACCAAGAUUUACUACUGGAAAAUGGAAUCCACAAAAUGUCAACUUACAGUUUGUAACUGCUGAUGAUUGUAAUGUAAAAGCUUGGGAUUUAAGAACCCAGACAAAAAUUGCAUGGAGUCUAGAUGGAGUUCAUACUCAAAUUAUUAGAGAUUUUGAUUUUAAUCCAAAUCGUCAAUACUAUAUGGCGACAUGCGGUGAUGAUGGAUAUUCUAAGUUCUGGGAUAUACGUAAUCCCAGUCAACCUCUAAUAUCCCGUGCUGACCAUUCUCAUUGGAUUUGGUCUCUUAGGUAAUAAAAGACUAUCAUAUUAUAAUGAAAUACACCAGCUUAAUUACUAUUUAC